GAAUAUUAAUGCAAAAAUGCCAUACGAAGGAAAUGAGAAAGUUGGGAAAAUACUACAUUGCUGCAUCCUAUGUGAAGUAUAUAGAGGCUGCAGGUGCAAGAGUUGUACCCAUAAGGAUUGAUCUUACACAGGAAGACUAUGCUGGGCUUUUCAGAUCUAUUAAUGGAAUUCUUUUUCCUGGAGGAAGUGUUAGCAUAUUGAAUUCAGAUUAUUCCCACGUGGCCAAAAUAUUUUACAGCAAGGCCAUAGAGAGUUAUGAUGAUGGCGACCAUUUUCCUGUGUGGGGAACAUGUCUUGGAUUUGAGACGCUCUCCUUUCUGGUUAGCGGAGAGAACUUGCUAACGCUUACAGACACGGUAUCAAUUUCAUUGCCCUUGAACUUCACUGAAGGUGCCUUACAGGGCCGAAUGUUCCAGAGUUUUCCUGCUGAGUUAUUGGUGUCACUAGCAUUAGAACCUCUGACUGCAAAUUUUCACAAAUGGAGCCUCUCUGUGAAGAACUUUACAGAAAACAAAAAGUUAAACAAGUUUUUCAAUAUAUUAACAACAAAUACAGAUGGCAUCACAGAGUUCAUUUCAUCCAUGGAAGGACGUAAAUAUCCAAUCUAUGCUGUCCAGUGGCACCCUGAGAAAGCACCAUAUGAGUGGAAAGGAUUGAAAGGCAUUUCCCAUGCACCAAAUUCUGUGAAGACGGCAUUUUACUUAGCAGAUUUCUUUGUUUCUGAAGCCCGGAAAAACAAUCAUCGCUAUGAGAACGUAUUUGAGGAAAUGCGAUCCUUGAUUUAUCAAUUCAAACCAGUUUAUACUGGAAAUAUUUCUACAUUUGAGCAGUGUUACUUGUUUCGCUGAGAGUCUUCAAUAUGGUAACAAGGCAACUUAGAGCAAUUCAGUGAUUGAAUUGCUAACUCACUGCUAAUGGCAACAUGAGGAAGCCAUACAGAUUCCUUUUCUGUACCUGGUUCUGAUUCUUCACUUAGUACAUGAUUAUUUUUAUCAUAUUUGAUAACUCCACAAUGAAAAAGUCUUAGUGUUUUUCAUGGAAAAGUUUUCUGGUGUCUAAAGAUUAGAAAAAUAUAAAUUUUUUGAAAGUAUA